UCAUCUCAAGUGCUAGUAAAGUCACUGGAAUUUCAGUAAUAUUUAGUAUUAGUACCGAAUUUUUGCAUUGAAGCUGUUGGGUUUCCAUUGGCUGUCUAUCGAAAGCGCUAUCAAAUCGCACAAUGGCGGAGAAUGAGAACGUGAAUGGCAUUGGGCUGGGCAAGUUUAUUGGGUGUACACUGCUCAUCUUUGGCAUCUGUCUGCUGGGCGCCAUUCCGCAGUGGAUGAUAUUGUGUCUGUUUGCCAAUGAUGCCGUGAUGUACACCAUUGGGUGCUUCUUCGUUGCCUUCGUGCUGCUGGUGUGCAUCCAUUUGAUUGAGCCGCUGAAGUACUGGAGGCCCUGCAACUAUGUCGCCCUCAUCAUUUUCUACGAACUGCUGACAGUCGGCUCUGCAAGUUUCCUCAUGAAGUGGUAUCUACUUUGGUCCAUUGCGGUGAUGGUUGCGGCUCUUCUAUGCGUCGGAAUUACGCUGCUCAUUUGUCUUUUUCUAAUUUGCACCGGAUUCUAUAUGAACCCAACCAAGCUGGCCGUCGUGGGAGCAAUGCUAUUCGUUCUGACAUUCUGCAUUGAAAUUAUGAAUGUGCUGCUGUCGUGGUGGUAUUGGCAGGAUGUGGCUGUUGGUAUCUUUUUUGUGGGUAUAGCCACUUUGGUCAUCUCCCACGUGCUGAUCACGUACAACAGCUUCCAGCUCCUGGCCAGAGAUGACUCCGUGCUGGUGGCCAUUGUGCUCUAUAUCGCCUACAUACUCUUCCUCAUCGCCUGCCGCCUUUCCGCCAUCUAUAUCACGGUUAACGCCGAUCAAUCCGCCACAACGACCGAUUCAAACGAUGAUGAUUAAGAUUAUUCUGCAGCGUAAAGCGGUGUGAGGUGUAUUCAUUUUCCACAAAUGUACAUUCUCUGUGUUCAAUUAGA